GUGUUGUUGGGUUUGUGGAUGGAUCUGGGGAGAGCAGGGCUGGAUUCUUGGGCCAUUGUUGCAUUUCAGGGGGUUCCUCCACCCAGGUUGCUUCUGUUGUGACAUCAUGUGUUGUCAUGGUAAUGUUGGAACCCAGAGUGUAGUGAGGCUGGCUUGGGACAGUUAGGUGUCUCCAGUCCCCACUGGGUGCUGAGCUGGAGGAUCCUGAGCCCCUGGUGAGGAGCCAAUCCACCAUGGUGACACUAGUGGUAGGUGCCAAGUGCUAUGAUAUAAUGGCCAUGGUAGGGAAAGGGACCUUUGGCCAGGUGAUGCAGGGACAGUGCAGGAGCACUGGGGAGAUGGUGGCCAUCAAGAUCCUGAAGAACUGUGAUCACGAUGGCCAAAUAGUGAAGAAUGAACUGAGGCUGCUGCAGGCCUUGCGGGAGGGGGACACAAAGGACUCUCACAUCAUCCAUUUCCUCGAGUCCUUCAGUGACACGGUCUGGACCUACCUGGUCUUCGAGCUGCUGCAGCAAAACCUCUUGGACUUCCAAAAGCAGAACAACUUCUCACCGCUGCCGGUGCGACACAUCCGCACCAUCGCGGCGCAGGUGCUGGUGGCGCUGGUAAAGCUCAAGGAGCUCUCCAUCAUCCACGCUGACCUGAAGCCAGAGAACAUCAUGCUGGUGGACCACGCGCGCUAUCCGUUCCGCAUCAAGCUCGUUGAUUUUGGCUCGGCUAUCCUCGUCCCUGAGGUGUGCCAUGUCCAGGAGCCCUACAUCCAAACCCGCUUCUACCGGGCACCGGAGAUCCUGCUGGGGCUGCCCUUCUGUGAGAAGGUGGAUAUCUGGUCUCUGGGCUGCGUGAUGGCCGAGCUUCACUUGGGUUGGCCGCUCUACCCUGGCAAUGAUGAAUAUGAGCAGAUAUGCUACAUCUGCUCCACCCUGGGGCUGCCCCGGGGCCAGCUGCUCUAUGCUGCUCAGAAGACACGGUCCUUCUUCCAACAUGUGCCAUGUUCCAGGGGUACCUGGCAGCUCAAACCACCAAGGAAGGUGAUGGCAAAGCCGACCAAGAGGAGGGAGCACAUCUUUUCCUCACUGGAUCAGUUGGCGGUGGUGAAUGUGUGCCCAAUGCCUGAUCCUGACCAGGAGGAGCUGGCCAAGCGCUGUGAUCUGUACAGGAUGGUGGAGCUGCUCAAGAGGAUGCUCACUUGGGACUCACAUGAGCGAAUCACACCCAGUGCUGCCCUUCAUCACCCCUUCAUCUCCAUGCAGGAGCUGAAGGCCAGCUUUGAGGCCACCCGGUACUACCAGCUCAGCCAGGAAGACCUGAGGGCAUCCUGUAAGGAUUCCAGCAUAGCCAAGAUCUUCCCCAGCACACAGAAAGGUGCCUUCAUCCCUGCCAGCCAGGGGGGCAUCCAGAAGGCCACUGCCCAGAUGGAUGGGCUCAGCCUGGCUGAGCCAGCUGGGGACACCAGUGACAGGCGUGAUGUCUGCCAAGCCCCCAGCCCCACCCACUGUGGAAGCCAGUACUGUCAGCAUCACUGGUGUCCCCAGAUGGAGCCCACCCAGGGUCACUUCACUGUGCUGGGGUCUCCCAGCAAAAUGAAAAGGUACAAUCACUGCUGUGGCAGCCCAGUCGUUGGUGGCAUCAUGGAGCAGAACCUGCCUGGAAGAUGCUGCAGCUCAUCCUGUGCCAAGACAGCUCUGGUGAUGUGGCGCAACCCCAAGCCUCCAGGGAUUUGGAGAAUGGGCUUCGGAGGCUGGGCUGGGACGCCCCUGCAGUGCUCAGAAUGCUUCUACCACAGAGCCAGUGCCACUCCCAGCACCACUGAGACCCCACAGCAACCCUUGCACGCACUCCAGCAGCCCAAAGCUUGCAAGAGACGUUCUUCUUCCUCACCCUCAAGCACCCUGACCGCCAAAACCCAGCGCCUUGCUGGUGGAGACCACAGCCAGGGCUGCAACAGAACAUACUGUGCCAGAUGCUACCGGCUCUGCUUCUCACAUUGA